GUGUCCUGCUCCUGCUGCCUCCUUUGAUACCCUGAUGAUCGUGCAGCCCAGCAGUGCUGCCAGUCAGUGCCACCAGUCAGUGCCCAGCGGUUGUGCCAGUCAAUGCCGCCAGUCAGUGCCCAGCAGUGAUGCCAGUCAGUGCCGUCUAUCAGUACCCAUCAUCAGUGUCACCUAUCAGUGCCGCCUAUCAGUGCUGCAUAUUAGUGCUGCCUAUCAGUGCCGCCUAUCCGUGCCACCUCAUUAGUACUGCCUAUCAGUGCCCUUUAGUGCUGCCUAUCAGUGCCCAUCAGUGCUGCCUAUCAGUGCCCAUCAGUGCUGCCUUUCAGUGCCCAUCAGUGCUG